CGGUACACUAAACAAAGACCGCGCGGUGCGCAGAAAGGCAUUUAAAGGCACUUUCUUUGGAUCGCGGGACGCGGAGCGCCAGCCCACGAGUGGGCUCAGUUGUGUAAAGCGAGAGCAUGUUGGGAUGUAGAAGGCCACGCCCCUGUGGGCCUCUGAUUGGCCCGCUGCUGCUGCUGUGGGCGUGUUCUGUGAGGGUUGGUGUGGCGGCGACGUCUGCAGGCUGUGGCGGGGAGGCGGUUGCCGUGGCGACGGACGGGCGUGCGGCGCGUCUGGCUCAGGAGCGCCACCUGUGGGUGCUGUUUGAGAAGUACGGCGACGGCAACGGCUCCCUCACGCUGCAGGGGCUCCAGCUGAUGCUGCGCCACGUGGGGCUCGGACGCCUGCGCACGUCCAGCGGCGCACACACACACACUCACACACACGGGCACGUGCAUACACACGCGCACGACAAGGGCCAGCCCAACACACCCACACCCACACACUCACACUCACACACAGACCCACCCAAACACUCACACACACACACACACACACACCCUGUGCGGUCCAGACGCAGUGCUGAGUAUGACCUCACUCAGGACCACACCCCCUCUGCUCAGAACACGCCCCCAACAACGCAACACGACGACCAUGACCAACAACCUCUCGGCAACAGCAGUCAGCAGUGUCUGAGUGCUUCCUCUUUGCUGAAGGAUCAUGGGAUCGGAUCGGGGGGCAUCUCCGUCAGUGAUUUUGGCUUCCUGUGUCCUGCUCUCCUUUCUCAGAUUGACUCCCAGUCCUGCCUGCGGCACGAUGAGUGUGUGUCAAGUCAUGAGGAUCAUCCCAAGAGCACUAAGGGUGCAUCAGGUCAUGAAGAUCAUCCAAAGAACACCAACAUUGCAGCAGCCUGGCUGGGGGGUUUCCUGUCCAUCUGCAUCAUCAGUACGCUGGCAUUGGUGGGCGUGGUCUUGCUGCCACUCAUCAACAAAACAUCCUUCAACUUCCUGCUCAGCUUCCUGGUGGCGCUUGCAGUGGGCACGCUCAGUGGAGACGCCUUCUUACACCUCAUACCGCACGCUCAGGGUCAUCACAAGCACCAGCACUCGGCCAAUGAGAGCUGGGAGGAGGGGAGCCAUGGCGACGGUGAGGACUCUCUGCGCUCCGUGUGGACGGGGCUGACGGCACUGGGCGGAGUUUACUUCAUGUUCCUCAUCGAGCACUUCCUGACUCUCGGGAAGAUGUACAAGGACAAGAAACACAAGGGACAGAAGAAGUUUGAUCAGAGUGAUGACAUGUUGGAGACAGAGAAACUUCCCACUAUUGAAGAGAAUGAUGUAAAAGCCCUCGAUGAGGCGGAGCCAAAUGGUGGCAGUGCUAGCGUCCGUGGCCUGUGUGAGGAGGAGGAGGAGAUGCUGUCACACACACACACACACGCACACGCACACACUAACUCUGACCUGCGGGACGCCGACCAAUCGUUGGACUGCCAGGACAAAUGCCACUCCCACUUCCACGACACAGUGGCUCCGCCCGCGCAGCUGCAUCACCAUCACCAUGACUACCACCACAUCCUGCACCACCAUCACUCGCAGAACCACCACCCGCACACACACACACACCGACACACACACGGUUAUAGCCGGCAGCAGCUGCAGGAGGCGGGCAUCGCCACACUCGCCUGGAUGGUCAUCAUGGGGGACGGCCUGCACAACUUCAGCGACGGCCUGGCCAUAGGAGCUGCGUUUACUGAGGGUCUGUCCAGUGGCCUCAGUACUUCAGUGGCUGUUUUCUGUCACGAGCUUCCGCAUGAACUUGGUGAUUUCGCCGUGCUGUUGAAGGCCGGCAUGACGGUCAAGCAGGCAGUGCUGUAUAAUGCGCUGUCAGCCCUGAUGGCGUUCUUCGGCAUGGCCACGGGCAUUCUGAUUGGUCACUACGCUGAGCACGUGGCCACAUGGGUCUUCGCCCUCACCGCGGGUCUCUUCCUCUACGUGGCCCUGGUAGACAUGGUGCCAGAGAUGCUCCAUAACGAUGCUAGCGAGCAGGGCUUCAGUCACUAUGGUUACUUCCUCCUCCAGAACGCCGGGAUCCUGCUUGGCUUCGGCAUCAUGCUCGCCAUCGCCAUCCUGGAGCCACACAUCCAACUCCACUUUGACCUUUAACCUUCAGCCUUUGACCUUCGCCAUCCUGGAGCCACGCAUCCAGCUCCACUUUGACCUUUAACCCUUUACCCCUUAAUCAUUCCACAUCUCCACACAUCUGGAAGUGAGUGUGUGUGUGUGUGUGUCAGGUCUGUCAUUUUGUGCUGUUACAGAAGCAAGCUAAGCAGCUAGUACUCAGUGUUAGUGAUGAUAUUUGCAGUCAGUGCAACAGUAUAUUUUUGUUAGUGAUGAUGUUUGUUUGCAUCAUGAAAAGCGUUUUUUUUUGUGUAUAUGUGUGCAUAUGUGUGUGUGUGCUCAUAUUUGUCUGUUACACUGAAGGGAACUGUGUGUGUGUGUGUGAGAGAACAUGCCACGAACAUGUGUGUCCAGAAAAAUAAAGUUACAUGUGCUGAA